CAGACCUACAUGUCAUUGUUAUACAUUGAGUGCAAUCGAGAAAUUCUGCCACGGUAUUCAAGAUUUUCUUAUGGGAAGAGCAGAAAUUUCAGAUUUCUAAAAGUUCUACCUUUGUGCUGCCUAUUUGUGAAAAACGUUUGAAUUGCUGGAUCUGUCUUUUUUACUACAUAGAACUAAAGGAAGAAAAAAAAAUUGGCAUGAUUCUUGUAAUAGUAUUUUGAAAUUCAUUAUUUCAAGAUGAUGUUUUAUCAAUUGUGAUCUAAUUGAAACUAAUCACUCACUACAUGAACAGGAUAUUCAAGAAUUUAGCCAAUUACCACUAUUUUAUACAACAGAGAUGCAUGACCGUUACAGAGACAUGAGGCUUGAUGUGGAUAACAUGUCCUAUGAGGAGCUCCUGGCCCUGGAAGAUCAUAUGGGGUAUGCCAAUACUGGUUUGUCUGAGGAAGAAGUUCUGGAAUCCCUCAAACAUACUAAAUACUUUUUAUUUGGAGAAGAGAAUGCUAGUAAAGAAUGUUGCAGCAUCUGCCAGGAGGACUAUGUGGAAGACGAUGAAUUGGGAGUACUGGAUUGUGACCAUAGCUUCCAUAGUGCUUGUAUUCAACAGUGGCUAAGAAGCAAAAAUCUCUGCCCAAUAUGCAAAUCUACUGGUUUAUCUACAACAGGGCUUGUACUCCCACAGAUUCAUAGUCUGUAAAUAUGUACUCUAACUCAAAACUUUCUUUCCCUCAUGAGGGAAUUUACGUCUGGUAAGGAAUUUAUAGCUCUCCCCUAAUUUCAUUUUUCUUUAUCUACUAGGGAUUCUCUUUCCCAGGGUCUUGAAUUUGUAUGGCAAUAUGUACAGAACAAAUCCUGUAUGUUGAUAUUUGAACAGGGAAACUUCUCUGAUAUUAAAGCCUAA